AUGACGAAUGCGCAGAGUGCCGAAGAAGAGUCCGCCAUUCGAAGAACGAGACCAGGGCUCUUGAGUGAAGGUGUUGCGCCCCUGGACGACAGCGCAAUACCGCACACAACAAGGCUCACGCAAGAAGAGCUUCGUCGCUACAGAUGGGAGAGAUGUGAUCACCCGGCCUACAGCACCGAUCUUGUCCCGUCGGACUUCCACCUGUUCCCUGCACUGAUAGCUGCACUCUCGUAUUACGGGAACAUCACGCUGGGCACACCUCCUCAAGUUUUCUCAGUCAUCUUCCACACUGGCUCUUCCAAGCCCUGGGUGCCCUCCAGCAAGUGUCCAGCGAGAGUCCCCGCAGGUCGUGUGCACCGCAAGUACUACAGCAGCCGAUCGAGUACGUACGUCAAGAACGGCACCCACUUCGCAAUCCUGUACGGAAGCGGCGCAGCCGCGGGCGAGCUCAGCAUCGACACUCUCGGGAUCGGCGAGGCGCGCGUCAAGGGCCAGAUGUUUGCCGAAGUCACGGAGAAGAUCAGCCCGGCCAUCAGCAUUGGGAAGUUUGACGGCAUCCUGGGUCUGAGAUAUCCGCAGGCCGCCGUUCUUAACGUUACGCCCGUUUUCGACAACAUGGUGGCACAGGGCUUAGCUGUGACGCCGGUGUUUGCUUUCUACCUGAAUCGCAACCUCGGUGACCCCAGCGGUGGUGAAGUGCUUUUCGGGGGAGUCGACAAGGCUCACUACAAGGGACGCGUCACCUACUUACCGGUGACCAAGAAAGGUUACUGGCAGUUCAAGAUGGAUGGAAUAAAGAUAUGCGGUAAAACUACCUUCUGCAAGCGAGGCUGCCAGGCCAUCGCUGACACCGGGACAUCUGCGAUCGUCGGGCCUUCAGAUGAGAUAGAUAAGCUGAACAGGCGCAUAAGAGCCAAGGAAGUCUCGCCUGGAGAGUAUGUCGUGAACUGCACAUCUUUACCUCAUUUGCCGAAGAUUAGUUUCAAUCUGAACAAGCGAGAAUUUGUGCUGGAUCCGGAAGGCUACAUUUCCAAGGUGACGGAGAACGGCAUAACCAUGUGCCUGAGUGGCUUCGUUGCCAUGGACGUACCGCUGCCAUUAGGAUCACUGUGGAUUCUAGGAGACAGGUUCAUCGGUCGUUACUACACCAUAUUUGACAGGGGAAACGAUCGUGUUGGCUUCGCCGAUGCUUGAUA